CAGAUCCACACAGCUAUUCUAAAUGGAAAUAUACUUUAUGAGAGCUAGGAUGACGGAUGAUAAAGCAGGCUUCCGUUAGCACAUCGCCGCGCCUGUUGUCUGAAAGAGGACACUCCGAAAACAACGCAAAUGCCCGGUGAUUUACUCCCGGUUUGACAAAGUGUACACACCGCGUAGACACGACUCAGUGUGGGAGUUGUAUCGUAUGGUAGGAAUGUUCUGGUAAAUGCGGCACGGCUCACUCACCUAUCCGUAAUUUACUUAAGUAGAACAGUGUUCACGGUGUCGGCUAUGGGUGUAUUAGUGAUGUGGUGGGUCCACGUUCUCAUGACAAAUUAUUCAGUUUGACGGAGAUUGUGCCUGUUAUCAACGGUUUAAAAACGGAUGGACAGAUUUUUUUUAGCUUGAGUCCAAUGUGGCUGAAUUCAUGGCGUAAGACUGAAGGUCAGCCUGCUGGAUCCGCUGUGUUCAGCUCACCGACUUCUGUAGAGAUACACAUUCUAACCUGACAUGCUAAAGAUAAACAGCAGCACUGAUUCCUUAGGUGGUUGUUGCAUGGGUGAGUGAGUGGCAGCCAUGAGCGCCGAGCCUGAUGCCCUGGCUGUGGUCAACCAGCUGCGGGACCUGGCCGCUGACCCCAUGAACCGCAGGGCUAUCGUUCAAGACCAGGGCUGCCUGCCAGGACUCAUCCUGUUCCUGGACCACCCCAACCCCCAGGUGGUUUACUCCGCCCUCCUGGCGAUCCGGUACCUGGCAGAAUGUCGAGCCAACCGAGAGAAGCUGAAGGGAGAGCUGGGCAUGAUGCUGAGCCUCCAGAACGUCAUGCAGAAAUCGACCACUCCUGGAGAGACCAAGCUGCUGGCUUCUGAGAUCUAUGAGCUCCUGCAGGCGUCCGGCAGUGCUGACUUGGAGCCGGCUGAGGAGGUUGUCAGCGGCCGCCGUAAGGCCCAGUUCUUCCUGGGCUCCAACAACAAGAGAGCGAAAACCGUCAUCCUCCACAUCGACGGACUGGACGACUCGAGUCGGAGGAGUCUGUGUGAGGAGGCUCUGCUGAAGAUCAGAGGCGUGAUCAGCUUCACCUUCCAGAUGGCUGUGAAGAGAUGCAUUGUCCGCAUCCGGUCCGACCUGAAGGCCGAGGCUCUGGCGUCUGCAAUCGCCUCUACUCAGGUGAUGAAGGCUCAGCAGGUGGUGAAAGGAGAGAACGGAGACGAGGUUUUGAUCCCAUUUGUGGAGGACGGUUCUGUAGAGGUGGAGCAGAACGUGGACCUGCCAGACUACCUGCCAGAGGAUGAGAGUCCGUCUCAGGAGCCCGACAAGGCAGUAAGCCGGGUGGGAUCCGGCCAGGACGGGACCAGCUGGCUGGGUGCCGCUGCCAACUUUCUGUCCCGAUCCUUCUACUGGUGACCCUGCAGGACCACCGCCCCCUUCCUCCAUUAAACCUCCCACCUCCUCUCUGAACCAAAUUCCACCAGCUGCCAAAUCUCUCAGCUGCAGAGACAAAAACUGAGUCAGAACCUCAAAUAAUAAAAACCGAACCGUGAUCUGUCGGCUUGCAACACCUGUCACUUUAAUGCCGAGACGAACACACAGCGGCGUGACAGGGGAGAGGAGGCGAUCCUUCCAAACUCAAACGACAGGAGUGUGGUUUUAGUUUGACGUUUUGAGAGCUGUUGUGAUGCUGUGUCUGUGAAACGGGUCUGUUACAAACCAAGUUGUCUUACCUGACAGGGGGUGUCCUGCAGCCAGCUAGAACACAGGGACCUGAACAGGACGCCCCUUCCUCUUUUCACCUUUUUAUUAUUUAUUGACCAACAGACUGGCUUUUCUUCCUGAUGCUGGACGUGUUUACAGGACGAGCAGCGUCAGGGUUCAGUCAGCUGCUGCCUUCAGUGUCUCUGAUCCACAGACCUCCUGCUACUUCACUUGAAACUGAUUUUAUUUCAGCUCUGUGCUGUUCAGUCUUUAAAGUGUCAGAAAUGAUGACAGAUGCCCAACACGCUAAGAAAGUGUCAAUAUGCUUGUCAUGGAAAGAGACUAUUUUAAACUUUGAACUCCUCAUCUGUUAAUACAAGAGGUUUGGAGUAGCACCUUUAUCGCUGAUUUAAAAACAGAAGUUCAGUUGUUAAUAUUUCUGAACUGAUUUAAAAGAACAGUACCAACCAGUCAAACUCUUUUUGAAUUUCUUCUUAACAGUUUUUUCUCGCCUGUGUUAAACAACCUAUUUCAGGCCGCCUCAGGAGUGUGCACGCUGUGCUGGACCAGUCAGGUUUCCUUCCACACUGAGCUCAGGUUUAACUGAAGUUCCAGAAAAUGAUUCAAAGUAGAACAAGACAGAAGUCCCGUCUCCGCCCUCCAGCUGUGUGAGUCUGGUCUGAGCGAUGGAGACGAGCAUCAGGUGGAGCCGGUUCUCCGCUCGGUGCCAUCAGAAGAAGAUGAGAGCACUGGUCAAAGCUCAGCGAUGGAAACAAGAUGGAAGGGGCUGAUGCAUCUGCACCCAUACAGCAUCUGGACAGAAUGAGUUGACAGACUUCAGUCUGUCUUUGAUGCUUGUUGGAGGCUCUUUGCAGGUCGGACAGGCAUCACGUGCACAGAGUGACAGAGGAGCUGUCAGAAUGAGAUGACACGUCUGUAUCCUUACAGGUGCACAGUGACCUCAGCUCUGCUCAUACCCCAUUUGUCUGAUUGUCACAGACAAAAGGAAGCAGCUGUGUGCAUGAGCAGAGCCUCUGAACCCGAGUCAGCUGUUCUGGCAUUUUCAGACCACAUCGCUGUGGGUGUUUGUCAUCAUUUCUGACUGGUUGAGCCAGAAAACUAAAGCGAUCAGUAGUCCUGUGAUGUUACUGCACCUGUGGAUCCACAGGUUUGGUCAGUGCCUCAACACAAACACAGAGGUCAUCAGGGUUCCUGACCCAGAUGUUGUGUUUACACCCCUGAUUAUUUUUAUAUCUUAAACUCUUUCUUCCGAGGCUCCCUGUGGAUCAGACACUGAGCUCACCAUGGCGGUAUUUUAUGGAGCGACGUUACCGGUUUUUUACUGUUUCUUUGUCUCGUGAACAGAUGGUUGAUGGGAAACAGUCUGAGGAUGAUGUUUUUAAAUAGAAAUCUGUUUUAAUCAUGGAUCUUUGUUAGAAAGACUUUUGUGUGCAUGGGGGGGGUUGGGUUACAGGGUUACAGCCAGUGUAACAGGAGCUGACGGAUGAUUAAAGAGCCGAGUGAACACUCUUCUGAACGACAGUAUUUAUCACCGGAUACAACCGAUAGCACUGUUUCAUUGGAUGGGAGUUCCCAUGAAAGCACUGGGGGUUUUCCAGAAGAAGAGGCCACAUCCUGUUUCUUCCUGUUGUGUCUUGAAAUGGAGUUUUCUGUUAAAACUGUCUGAUUUCAAAAAGCAAAGAAACUGACAGGUGUUUUAUUUAAAGCGCAGUAGAAGAAAAUCGCAGUGAGGGCUGGUAAUCGGGUGAGCUGCCGUUUUAUUUUGAAAUGCCAGCAGUGUUUCCUCAGAUGGUGAAGCAGCUUUUAAUGACUUUGUACAGAUUUUUAUCCUGAUGUGAUGCUGUUCUUAGUUUCUGUGUUCAUGUACCUGCCAGGUGUGCUCACAGCUCCACCUACACUGUGCACUGUCCAGUCACACAGUAGCCUGUUGUUACGUUAGCAUGAUGCUUGAACUUAAAUGCAGCAUCGGCCCAAAUACAAGACGCCUGUCAUGAAUAAAGCAUCUGGAGUUUUGUUAUUAACA